AUCUUCCCUAUAAUAUUUCUGCUACGUCAUCCACAAAGAUAAUAUUGCGGGAGCAUCCAUUGACAUAGAUGGUAUCAAGGCAAUGAUUAAGGAUGUGUUUGGUGCUGGAACUGAAACUUCAUCAGCAGUUCUAGAAUGGGCAAUGACAGAGCUCUUAAGACACCCCACCGUAAUGAAGAAACUACAAAAUGAAGUGAGAGGGAUUCUUCAUGGAAAACAAGACAUAACACUUGAUGACCUGGAGAAAAUGCAAUAUUUGAAAGCUGUGAUAAAGGAAACUCUACGUUAUCAUCCUCCAGUCCCAUUGAUUCCCCGAGAAGCAGGUAGGGAUGCAAAAAUAAUGGGAUAUGAUAUUGCUGCUGGGACAAUGGUCCUGGUAAAUGCGCUUGCAAUUGGUUGGGACCCUGCAUUUUGGGAUGAACCAGAAAAUUUUGAGCCAGAGAGAUUCUUGAAUUCAUCGAUAGACUUUAAUGGACUCCAUCUCCAAUAUAUUCCAUUUGGCAUUGGCCGGAGAAUCUGCCCAGGGAUUGGUUUUGCCAAGGUAUUAAUUGAACUUGUGUUAGCAAAUCUAAUGCAAAAGUUUGAUUGGAAACUUCCUGAUGGAGCAAAAGGGGAAAACUUGGACACCACUGGACUCCGUGGCCUUGUAAUUCGUCGAAAAAAUCCUCUCAUUGCCGUUGCAACUCUUUGUCAUUCGUAAUUUUAUUCCACUAUAUGUAUCUGGAGCUUAUUAGCAUUAUCAAAUAAUAAUUGUAUCACCCGAAAAGUAUCUAUAAAGAAAAAUCCAAUUUAUCGAAA